AUGUCUUCAAUUCUUGAAAGAACCCAAAAACUUGUCGAUAUUAUUCAACAACAAGCCCAUGUUUGUGACGUUGAAACCAUACGUAAAAAAUUGCUAAGAAUAAUCGAAGAUGGCCUCACGAACCUGCAUAUAAUUUGUGAUUUCGAUGGAACGAUAACACGUCAUUUUAAUUCGAAAGGCGAACGUAACCCGGCCUCUCACACACUGUUAUCAAGAAGUUCUCGUUUUACACGCGAAUAUAAAAUCGAGGUCCAGAAACGAUUUGACCAUUAUUAUCCUAUCGAGAUGAGUACGACGAUGACCAAAGAAGAAAAAACACCUUACAUGGUUGAAUGGUGGAAUCAAGCUCAUGAACUUCUGGUGGGACAAAAAAUCAAUAAAGAUGACAUAAAAGGUAUGGUGGCAGAAACCGAGGUAGAAAUGAGGCCAGGAUUGGAUGCAUUGAUCAAUAAAUGCAAGGACAAAAACAUUCCAUUCUUAGUAUUCUCGGCAGGACUUGGCGAUGUGAUCGAGCAAGUUCUCAUAUCGAAAAACCUUUUUCAUCCUGACAACAUGCACAUUGUUUCCAAUCAAAUGGGAUUCAAUGAAGAGACAGGAAUAUGCGAUCACUUUAAAGAACCAAUGAUUCACGUAUUCAACAAAAGUGAAGUCAUGAUCAAGGAUACUCCCUAUUACACCACCAUCAAGAAUCGUGGAAACGUCAUUCUACUUGGUGACUCCAUUGGUGACUUACAAAUGGCCGCCGGAAUUCAUCAUGACACUUGUUUGGCAAUUGGUUUCUUAAACAGUGCAAUUAGCGAAAAUUUAGAUACAUAUUCGAAAGUAUUUGACAUUGUGGUGUUGGGAGAUGGUCCAAUGGAUGUUGCUAAUCUAAUCAUAAAAUCUUCUAAUGGGUAUGCAUGA